CGGCUAGCGACGCCGAGGACGGGAGGACGGGAGGUCCCGCUGUUGCGUAGUAGGUGAAGUACAGUGGUGUGUUGAAGACGACGCGUGUUCGUGAAGGGCUCGUCCGAGGAAACGGCAUGAUGAUCAACGGUACCGGUUCACCCUUGUACGUGUGGCGCACAGCCGUGAUCGUGCCUGACGAACAUAGAACUAAGUGUAUCAGCAGUGACGAUGCGUUGUGAUCUUAGUUGUCGUUGUACGAAAAAGUCGAGGCCGUCGUCGCCGUCGCCGUCGACGUCGUCGUCGUCGCCGUCACCGCCGCCGCCGCCGCCGCCGCCGCCGCCGCCGACGUCGUCGUUGUCGUUGUCGUCGCCGCUGCCGUCGCCGUCGUCAUCGGGCGCGUCUUCUCGUUGUCACUUAUCUCGGUAUUGGGCACCGGUAUCCCGACACGGUCCGUCGUGGAAUGGCAGCGGCCCUAAAGAAAAAUCACUCACGUAGAAGAUUGGCCGCCCUCACAUUCCUGUCUAACAUCUCCCUCGACGGCAGUCACCGAGACACCAAGUUCGCCGUCCUGUCACGCAGCGGACCAACACACGCGCGCAGACUUAGCGAUGGCCAGUCGGAACAGCAAGCGGUGCUGGAGAUAUGCCGGAGCACAGACUUCGAGGCCUCCAUGGAGGAGACGCUAGACGGCUGCCCUCCGGAGGAGACGCACGACUUUCCGCAGAAUGAGACGGUAGAACAAAACAACUCGCCGCAGCCGGUGCACAAAAGCACCGACCAUAACUCCUACAGUUCAGAUUCAGAUGGACUACUCACUCCUGCCAAGGCAGCGGUUACUAUGUUCUUAGAGCAGGAGAGGAAUCACCUGCAGUUUCCUUGUGGCAUGCACAGUUCGUUUAGAGAACGAACGGGAACUACCGGAAGCGAAUAUUCUUUACCAGAAAGACGUGUGGGCUCUUUACAAUAUAAGAAGCGCAUAAGUCAUCAAACGUCUACGCUUUCGGAAGACAUUAAGCAUCAAUACAAUAGUAGCAACGAAAGCAUUGGCUCCAUACAUUCAAAAGCACAAUCGUCAAAACCAAAGAUAAAGGCAGUGAACAACGUGCAACCUAUUUCUACAAAUAGUAGCAUAAUACCAGAGAUUACAAAAGAAUUGCGCUUGAUGCAACGGCCUGUAAACGGCUGUAAAUUUGGGGAUGAUAGAAUGGUUUUGGUAUCAAACCAACAUGUGCCAUUUGUAAUAUUUUCUGCUAUUCCAUACAAUAAAGGACAACGUUCCAGUUGGUCAGAAUUACGUAAAGAUACAUGUCGAAGAAAAAAUGUGUCAUCUCAAAGACCAUUGUCAGCAAUUAAUGACAGUAUUGAUCCAUUUGGAUUGCUGGGCAUAGAGCAUGCGAAGGAUGGCCAAGAAAUAUCUUAUGGGCAACUACUUGUACCAUCUCGGCAAUUUCAAAGGGAUAAAAAAUUGAAUUUGAAUGAGAACGAACCCAUGGAACUUACGCAUUUUAUACCUAAUAAACAUCAUGUGGUACAAAGGACAAAAACAAUUACUUGGAAUGUGGAUCACAAAAAAUGGUGUCUUUCCUAUGAUACAGCUACAAAUCGUGCUCAUUACAUAACUUCCGAGUCUCCACCACUGUCUUUUAGUACCGAUUCCAAAGUUCAUGAAUGGGAUGAACAAUCGGCCCAAUAUAAUCCAAAUUUAUUGGAUGAUCCAGAACUUAUUGCUGGGAAACAUAGAACGUUACUAACAUUUACAUCAUAUAUGGCUUCUGUUAUUGAUUAUGUGAGGCCUUCUGAUUUGAAGAAAGAAUUAAACGAUAAAUUUAAAGAAAAGUUUCCACAUAUUCAACUUACUCUCAGUAAACUUCGCAGCUUAAAACGAGAAAUGAGAAAAAUAGCUAAAUUAGAAUAUGGUAAAUUAGAAUAUGGUAUUGAUUUACUCACUGUCGCAAUGGCUUAUGUAUAUUUUGAGAAACUUAUUCUUCGAAAUAUCGUGACUAAGCAGACACGGAAGUUAUGUGCUGGUGCUUGUUUACUCCUCGCAGCAAAAUUGAAUGACGUGAAAGGCGAUAUUCUUAAAUCUCUCAUUGAGAGAAUUGAGGGUGUAUUCCGAUUAAACCGCAAGGACUUAAUUACAUCUGAGUUUGCCGUGUUGGUAGCUUUAGAAUUUGGUUUGCAUUUACCAACAUGGGAAAUAUUUCCUCAUUAUCAGCGAUUGAUUUAUGAAUCCUGACAUUUUUUUGUAUCAUUCUUUUCGCGCAAUUUUAAAACCGCUUUAUAAAAAAAUCUCGGAGCGAUAAAGCAUAUCCGAAUAAUUCUUGAUGUCCGAAAGCCGUAUAAAUAAGUUUCAAAAUAUUACAUUUACGUAUGACAUACUUUUUCUUUCUGUUGCUUUGACUUCCAUUAUAUAUGAUUUCAUGUAAAGAGCCAUAUAAUAAGAAAUUAUGAUUGAAAGAAUAAUAAGAUUAUUUUUUUUCAAUCAUUUUUUAAUAUAUUUUUUCUUGCAAGUUACCAAUGUAGUAGUUACUGCAUGCUGUGAAUAAUAUUUUAUUAUUUAAAUAAUUUUAAUUAUCUGUUUAAAUAUCAGUAAAUGAAUGGUGUUUAAAAAAUUACGUUUAAAACAUAUAUUACUAUAUUACUACAUAUGUUUUAUGAGAUAUAGAUAUUAUAGUUAGAGAAGAGAGAGAAAUUUGUGAAAUGUUUCUUGAACUGUCUUAUGAAAGAUGUUAUAUCAGCGGUUUUGUGGUAUGUAUUUUGUCUAGAUAAAAUAAAUACCCAUAUGAUUUAAGUAUUAAAAAUGAGCCCAUGAUUAUGAUUGCACUUUUUUAUAUAUUUUAUUAUUUCUGUAUCAAAAUACAGCUUUAAUGAGUUUAAUAAUACAAACGUUAUAGAACAAAAAUUAUUUAAAAUAAACUACUUAAAAAAUUUUUGUUAAAAUAAAAAAUGUGUCAAAUAAAAGCGUUUUAAUUGGAAAAGAAUAUCAAGCAAUUUUCUUUUUCUAAAACAGUUUUUAUGAUAAAUUUUUUAACUAUAAGAAUUAUAUUAAUUGAUCCGUCUUUAAGUUUGUCAUUUUUUCUUUUCCUCUGACGUCGUUAUAUAUAUCACAAAACAGCUGCUCUUCUUAUUUUAAUAGAUCUUCUCUUUUCAUAAAAAGAAUUAUUUUUUCCUGAAAAUAGUAUAAAAUCGUUAUGUGUAUACACACACACACACAACACACACACACACACACACAACACACACACACACACACAAAAUAAUCAAUAGAACUUGGUAUUUCUUACAAACGAAACACAAAAUUGAGCAUAAAUACAUAUGACAAGAUAUAAAAAUAGCUUAAACAUUUUUACAAGUCUUAUCAUGAUAAUUAAAACUUAAAAUAGAUGUACUUUUAUGGCAGCAAACGAUCAGAUUAAAAUCUAGAUAUUACGUGCAAUGAUUAUAUAAUUUUUUUUAAACUAUAAUACUGAUGCUGCAGUAGAGAUAUCAUAACAAAUUGUAUAAUAGAAAUUUUUAUUAUAUGGCAUGUACGAAAGUCUUCAUAAAUAUUUAUUUCAUAUAAACAUCAUAUGAAUUUGAUACAUUAAAUUUUUAGAAUUUUUUAGUUAUAUUUACUUUUUAAUAUCACACAAUAUAUUUUAUGAUGUCAACAAAAAUAUUCUAACAAAAAUUAUACUUCAAGGUUAUAACUCGCGUUAAUAAUAUAUACUUCCAAUCUUUUUAUAGUUUCCAUAUAAUGAUUGAGAUUAUAUCAUAAGUGUUAUUAGAAUACGACUGUAUCUUGUUUUAAAAUCUUGUUUGUUUUGAUGUAGAAGUAAGUUGUUUUUAAUUUUACAUGUACACACAUAUGUAUAUAUAUAAAAAUAUAUGUGUAUGUAUGUAUAUAUAAAAUUAGAUAUAUAUUUUAUUGUAAAGUAACAUUAGUAACACAUAACUGACUUAAUUUUUUUCAUUCAGUGUCAACUUUUUGUUUUAAUUAUUGAUAUACUCUGAUCGUUGUAAAUAAUACAGAUGUUAAAUGUAAUAAAAGUAACCUCUUGUGUAGCAUUAUAAAAAAGUGAUGUUCUAUAUUCUAUAUUAUGUAUAUUUUAUCACUUUAUUGUAUUUAAGCUUAAUUAUAUUCUUUUUAGGUAAUACUAAUAUAUUAUAGAUAUUUUUCAUACACAAUUAAACAUAUAGAUGUAUCCUUUAUUUUUAGAAUGUUGAAAAUGUAUGAAAUGUUUUUCUUUCUAAAGUGAAGAUUCGUGACACAGAUUCCUUACAAAUUGACGAAAUUAAACAUUUAAUGUAUAAAAAAAAUUUAUGUUUUACACUACGCGAAAAUGUUUUCAUGCAAAUUAUUGAGACUUAAACUACAUUUAUUAUGAAUUAUAGAAUAUGUAUAUAUACGCUCUAUGCUCAAUUAUAUUUAUCUGUAUAAAA